AUGAGCAAAAGAACCGACGAACUGAAGGAAGGCAACAAAGGGUCAAGGAGGGGUGGUGUUCUGGUGGAGAUGCUAUUGAAGAGGGUAGGAGCGGAGGCAAAUAAGGACGUGAGAGAGGAGCAAGAUAUCCGCCUUCGAGCUCGGUUCCAUACCAUAACGUCCAGCCUCGGCCUCCAGAAAAUGAUCACAGAAUUGGACGGCGGCGGGUUCAAGGAGUUCCUGGAGAUGAACACUCAGGAGGUUGGUUCCGAGGAGGCAAUGGUCAAUGUGAGGGCCGGGUCGUGUUCUCCUUGGACGACAUCGAAGGCGACUGAUAGAUUACCGCGGAGAGUGCCGCAAGAUGAUCGGCGGCGGCGGCGGCGAUAA